AUGGAUAGUACCGCUUGUUUGCAAUCAGAAUUCUCACUCAAAACCUCAAUACAACCUUCUAGAGAUAUGAGCCCAUUGAUGUCGACGCCUAAACAAAUGACCGUUGGAAAAAGAAGUCCAGAAAUAGUCCCUUUAACCAAGACAGAGAGCCAGUUAGGUGUCCUUCCGAAACACCGAAUAGAAAAUUUUUUAAUGAUCAGUGGCACCGGCUCGAUAAUUCCAUUAAAAUGUAAAGAUGAUAAAGUCCGAAAUUUUCCACAAUCUUUAGUCAACCAUUUUCAAUUCUCUACACAUCCAGAAUAUGCUACCGAUGAUAUUACUGCUGUAUUCAAUUCUGGCUCGGAUUUUUAUUUAGAAGACGAUCCAAUGGUCAAUCCUCAACAGAUAGGAUUUCUAGAAUUAAUAGUACAUGAAAUCGUUCAUGUUCUAGGACUUAUGACAAGUUGGAAGUCCCUUUUAAAUUCUAAUAUAACCACUGAAUUAGUUCCAAGAUUAAACAUAUCAUUAGAUAUUGAUCAAACUAAACCUGUAACAUAUUAUGGAUUUGUUGAAACUAUUUUUGACGCAUCUUUAGUAACAUCUGAAGGAGAUAAAUUUUUAAAGUUUACUGAUCAAUUAAACAAGUUUACUCUGUUCGAAACAAAAUUCCAAACUCAACAGGCUUUUGUGAAUUCUUUUAUUAAUUCAACACAAUAUAAUACAACAAAAAAGAUGUUGAACUAUUCACAAACACCAUACUCUGGUAUUUUUAGCAAAUCCUCAUUCCGAACUAAUAUGGUUGGAAACUAG